AUGAGCGCUUCCCCUUGGAAUGGUCGUGGCUCCGUUGUUGCGUUUUCCCCCGGGGUGCGCUGUAUGAGCUCUAAUUUAUAUAAGAGCUAUAUUACGUGCAAAAAUAUAUGUUCCUCCCUCCAAGGUCUUCGGUCCAAUUACAGACAGCUCCAAUGCUUUUCCACGACAUCUGCAUGCCAGGAUGAAGCUCUGGACCGGACUCGGAACAUCGGCAUUAUUGCUCACAUCGAUGCAGGCAAGACUACAACUACGGAGCGCAUGCUGUUUUACAGUGGCUUCACACGGCGCAUUGGUGAUGUGGACGAAGGCUCAACAGUGACCGAUUUCCUUCCCGCCGAGCGCGCACGCGGUAUCACUAUCCAGUCGGCCGCCAUUACCUUCCAUUGGCCACCUGGCGAGGUAAAUGGAACCACAGGCCCCCAGGUUGGGUCGCAGAAUGAGCCGACUCCGCGGUCUGCUUACCCGCAUACUAUCAAUUUGAUUGAUACCCCUGGCCACGCAGACUUUACGUUCGAGGUCAUGCGAUCUCUGCGUAUCCUCGACGGCGCUGUCUGUAUAUUAGAUGGUGUUGCUGGUGUCGAAGCGCAGACAGAGAAAGUUUGGAACCAGGCAAGCACAUAUCGCAUUCCACGAGUCAUUUAUGUGAAUAAACUAGACCGUGACGGAGCCGCAUUUGGUAGAACGGUGCGAGAAGUCAGUACUCGCUUGGGUGUUUAUCCAGCAGUCUGCCAAAUACCGUGGUUCCAAGGAGGAAAUGGCCCUUUUAUCGGGGUGGCAGAUGCAAUCCAUCUUCAAGGACUACGAUGGAAAGAAGGCGAGGAUGGUCGCACUGUGAAAGUGGCUGACCUUCAGCAAUUAGACGCAGAGGAGCCGACCCUGGCCGCAGAGCUGCGGCGGGCACGAAUUGCCUUGAUUGAGCUGCUUAGUGAGCACGACGAAGACAUUGUCGAGAAAUUCUUUGAAUGUGAAGAAGAUCAUCUUGCUGUCUCGCCAGCUGAUAUCAUUGAGGGCUUGCGCCGGUGCGUGUUGGACCAGACAAGUCAGAUUGUCCCUCUAUUUGCAGGUGCCAGUUUCCGGAACAUGGGAGUUCAGCCGUUGCUGGAUUCUAUCGUGAAUCUGCUCCCCAGUCCACCUGAAGCUCCCGACCCAGAGGUGAGCAUUGGUGGUGUCAAAGGAGGUCUUCGGGACCUGCUGUCAGGAGACUUGAUUGUGGAGCAAAGCGAGAAGGCGUCCUCGCAAUCUAAAGGGAAACAACCAAAGAAAAAGCAUGCCGCCUUGCAGACCAGCUCAAAAGAUGCGAUCAGCAAGCUUCAAAGUUGUGCACUGGCAUUCAAAGUCGUCAACGACGCAAAGCGCGGAGUCCUUGUUUACGUACGGGUAUAUUCCGGCUCCUUGGAUCGCAACAGCCUUCUCUACAACACAAACCUGCAGCUCUCCGAGCGCGCCCCACGUCUGCUGAAGAUGGAACAAAGCCACCCCCCCGAGCCACUUACCACUCUCCAACUCCGACCAAUUGCUGUUCCACCACCGGUAUUCUUUACCAGCGUCGAGCCGCACAGCCUGAGCGAAGAGAAGCGUAUGCAUGAAUCGCUUGCCCUUCUCCUCCGUGAAGACCCCAGUCUCCACGUCAAUGUAGACGAAGAGUCCGGCCAAACGCUCUUAAGCGGCAUGGGCGAACUGCAUCUUGAAAUUGCCCGUGAUCGACUAAUCAACGAUCUCAAAGCCAAGGCCUCAAUGGGCCGCAUCGAGAUCGGCUACCGAGAAUCCGUACUUGGCACCUCCAACCCAAUAACCAAGAUCUUCGACAAGGAGAUCGCCGGGCGGAAGGGUAAAGCAGGCUGCACAGCAGUCGUAGAGCCACUGGACGAAGACCUUAAGUCCGAAGCGGUAGACCAAGACACCCUUCUCGUCGAAACCUACGACGGUAACCAGAUCAUCGUCCGCGCUCCCGGUCUACAAAUUGAUCGCUCCUCCCGCAACGAAGAAGAAACCAGCCCAUUCCUCCCGCCAGGCAUGGAGCUCGUCACCUUCCGCACAGCACUGCAAAACGGAGCCAUGGCAGCGUUUGCUCGCGGGCCUCAAUUCACCUUCCCAAUGCACAAUACCCGCGUCACACUAACUAUCGACCCGGCCGCCGACAUUUUCGGCAACGAAACAACCGCCUCGGCCCUCUCAUCCGCCGCACACCAAGCCACCGCCGCGGCGCUGCAAGAUGUGCAGUUUGGCGCAGGAACAGCGAUGAUGGAGCCGGUGAUGAAUGUGAUCAUCAGUGUUGACGAGGCUAGUCUUGGCUCCGUCGUGCACGACAUUUCCUCCUCGCGGGGUGGACAUAUCAUUUCACUCGAUGAGGAGGUACCGCUGUCAAACACGGACGCGUUGGGAACUUCUGCAUCCACACUUGAAGAAGAGGCACCGCCGCCCAUUGAUCACAGCCGUGUCUAUGCGCCGCCGGACCCGUUUGAGACACCUUCUAUCGGCGUGGAGAUUCCUGCUGCUGCGACUCGGCCGCGCACUAUUAUUGCAAAGGUGCCACUUAAGGAGAUGGUUGGGUAUCUCAAGCAUUUGCGGAGCUUGACUGCUGGUCGAGGCACUUUUGUCAUGAGUGUCGAUCGGUUUGAGAAGAUGUCUGGUCAGAGACAGAAGGUCGUGCUUGCGGAGUUGAGGGGCGGAUUUUGA